UUAAAUUCCAAACGGUUGUUUCCCAGAGUCAGUGAGGGAUUUUCAAACGCACAUCAUUGUGUCUUGACCAGCCUGCUGUUGAAACCUUUGACGAGUUAUUUUACAUUUUUCGGCCUACUGCAGCUGUGUUUUUAAGGAUGAGUUCUGUUUAUGUGAAUGAUGAGAAUCGUGUGGUCGGCCCUGGAGGAAAGCAGAACACUUCAAUUAAUGACAUUUUUGCCCUGGAUCAGCCAACUGGGAGGCCCUCCAUCCUGCGGCAGACUGAGAAUCUACCCAGCAAGACCGUGCCCAAAGGGGCCAAGGUUUGUUUCCAGACUCCAAGAAGAGAUCCUUUGACUAAAAGAUUUCUAUCUCCUUCCAAGUCUGUCAAAAUGACAAAUGUGGAUGAUUGCACUAAAGCGUUUGAGUCUUUAAAUUUGGACAUGAGAAGCCCUUUGCCACAAGAUGCUGCUGUGCAGUCUGAUGAGCCCAAACAAGAAGUGUCUUCUUAUCCCGAUGAUAACAUGCCCAUACAAAGCAAAGGAGGCUAUCAAUUGGAUUUUGACAACCUUGACACCAUGGAUCCAUUUCAAGGAUCUAAUAAGAUGGUCCUCUCUCCUGCAGUACCCUCUGUCAAGAACCCACCCACACCCCAAACUGAGCCUCAACAACCAAAACCAGAGAAUAACUCAGAGGAGCCUGCCAAAAUAGAAUCAGCACUGGACGAGACUCUUCCUUUCAGUCUGUCAGUGGAAAACUCCCUGGUUGACACCUCUGCAAACAUCAGCUCCACUGAGAGCAGCGUUGUCACCAUCGUGAGGGUCCCUCAAAUUGAAGAACAAAAUUCAUGCACCGCCACACCCGAUGAAAAACAACCCGCUGAGACGUCUUCAAGUUUUAAUCAAGACAAAGGGUCUGGCAGUUUUAUUGAGGAUGCUCCUCUGCCAACAAAAGGCUCUUACAACUUUGAUCUUGACAACCUGGAUGAGAUCAAUCCUUUCCAAACUGGUGGCUCAAAAAUUCAGAAUUCACCUGUCAUUGAAAGAAAAGCGCCAGAAAAUAACCCACCUGUCGAGGAGAUUCUGAUGAAGGAUGAUCAAGCCAAAAAUGUCGACGCACCCAAGGUGGCCCAAGAGAUGCCUGUUAAGCCCAUGGCUGCUGUGGCCCCGAUCUCGGCCAUACCUUCAGCUGCUGAGUCCACAUCCCAGCCAGAUGAUGCCCCUCUCAAAGACGGACCAGUCAAGCUUGAGUUCAAUUUCGAUGAUGGCAACGAGGUCAAAAAGAAGCCUCCACCCAAGAAAUUUGGCAAAAGGCCACCAGGUCAGAAACCAAAGGAGGAAAAGCCGACAUGUGACACCAAACCACCAAAAGAAGUCCCGGUGAAGCCUGACACCACUGACAAUGCUGAAGUUCCAGCUCCCAAAGGGUCUUACUCGUUUGAUUUUGAGAAGUUUGACGACCCAAACUUCAAUCCCUUUGGAACAAAAGCAAGCAUGAACAACUCUCCAAUCUGCAGCAAGAAAUCCAGCCCUGUGCUCACUGAAACUCCUCCUCCAGAGCAAGUGGAGAAGCCUGCAGAGACAGAGGCUGUGCCACAAGCAUGUGCUGGAGAGAGCGUCCCAGCUGCUGAACCCAAACCUGAAGUGAAAGCCGAACAGAAGGAUGUCUCUGACCUGAGCGAGACAUUUCAACUUGAAUUUGAACAACGUGUGGAGCAUCUCUCUGAUCAGAAGCCACAGAGCGCCCUGCCAGACUUAAACGAUGAGUUUGUUCCUGGAACUGUUUUCAUGGCCAAUGAUUUUGAUGGACAGAUCGAUUAUCUGGAACAGUUUGGGUCCAGCAGAUUCAAGGAGUCUGCUUUGAGGAAGCAGUCCCUGUACCUUAAAUUCGACCCUCUCCUGAGAGAGAGCCCAAAGAAGCCGGCAGGCCCAGCUGCUCUGACCCACGUCCCUCGCCCUGCGGCCUUUGUAACACGGCUUGAAACUCCACAGAUGGCAGAGAAGCCUGCAAGUGUAACUCAAAAGGAUGAUUUCCAACUGUUUAAUGACGCUGCAGCACCAGUUGCUCCAAUCCUCGAGGGUCUCGUCCCUCAUUUCCCCCAGCCAGCACAUACGGAGGAUGCCAUUAUUGAAGUGCUGAAGUACAGUCAGAAAGACAUGGAUGACGCCAUCGCCAGGGUGCAGGCAGAGGCAAAAGAAACAGAGCAGCAAUGGAGUGCCAAGUACAAAAAGCUGCACGAUGACGGACAGGAGAUGAGGAAAAUAAUUGCAGAAUUUGAGCUUGUCAUCUCAAAAAUGAUGGCCGAUCAGGAGAAAGAGAGAGAGGUGUACCAGGCAAAGCUCAGCGAGGCCUUGCUGGAGAAGGAGCAGGUGUCCAGCGACCUGAACACCAUGGAGAGAUCUUUCUCCGACCUUUUCAAGAGACUGGAGAAAUACAAGGAUGUCGUCGAGGGUUACAAAAAGAAUGAGGGGACGCUGAAGGCUUGUGCUCAGGACUAUCUGAUGAGGAUCAAAAAAGAGGAGCAGCGCUACCAGACCCUGAAAGCCCACGCUGAGGAGAAAAUUACCCAUGCAAAUGGAGAAAUCGCUGAGGUGAGGUCCAAAUAUAAGGCUGAGGGAUCUGCACUUCAAGCUCAGCUGCGCCGGGAGCAGCUGAAGACGCAGUCACUGGAGAAGAGCCUGGACCAGAAGGAGAAAGAGGCAGAAGAGCUCACCAAACUUUGCGACGAACUAAUCGGCAAAGUGCAGAGGGGUUGAGCUUGUUUGUAAAUACUGUAAAAUAUUUUCUUCUUCUUCAGUGUCCAAAUCAUUUUCUUGCACUUUGUUUUGUCUCUUUAUGUUCUUAAAGAAACUGUAAGUAAAUAAAGAUGAUUUAGAGGUUUA